AUGGAUACCAUCAAGGUAAACAGUGAAGCUAUUGAGAAUGCUUCUGCGGAGAAGCGACCUACGACACCGGCCAAGGAUGGCGAGCCAGUUAUGCGCUCUCGAGAGGAUGAUCUCGGUGUCUGGCAGUGCGCACUCCGAUUCAAAAGAGCGUCUUUGAUCGCGAUGGUCGCUGCUUUCAGUGCCUCGCUCGAUGGGUACCAAAUCAACCUCAACGGCGGCAUUGUUUCGAACAAAGGUUUCAUCAAGCAGAUGGCCUCCCCGGGCACAACAGUCAUCGCGGGCAAAUACGUUUCAGCAUGGUCAGGUAUUCAGUCUACCGGCCAGACCGUGGGUCAGAUCUUGCUUCAAUAUGUCACGGAGAGAUUUGGUCGCAAAAUGGCGUUGUACAUCAUUUGGGUUGAUCUGGUUAUUAGCAUCUUCCUCGAAACCUUCGCGACGCGCUGGGAUCACUGGCUUGCAGCCAAAUUAUUUUCGGGUAUGGGUGUGGGCAUGCUGCAAUCUACGCUGCCUCUGUACCUGUCUGAGCUUGCUCCAACACAACUGCGAGGAUUCUACAUCAAUGCAUAUAGCUUUUGGUUCGUUGUCGGUCAAGUCUUUGCUUCGGUGGCCUUGAACCAACUGUCCGCAAGCGACCCCUACGAGUUCCGAGUUCCAAUUUACACCCAGUGGGCUAUGGUUGGAGCCAUUAUUUUCAUCUUUAUACUUCUGCCAGAGUCGCCAUGGUGGCUUGUAAGCAAAGGCAAGCUCGACAAGGCAUCCAACGUGCUCAACGUUGUCAACGGCAAAGUCGAGGGAUAUGAUGUCCAGGAGCAAAUUGAAGUCAUGACCACGACCGUCGCGCACGAGCGCAUUCUCGCAGAGGAGAACUCCAAGCAAGACACUUGGGCCGUUUUCAGAGGCCGCAACUUGAUCAGAUUCAUAAUUGCUAGUUGGCCAAAGAUCGUCCAGCAGUUUGUUGGCUUGUCCGUGUUCAACUCAAAUGCUACCUAUUUCUUCCAAAAUGCUGGAAACAAGAACCCAUUCCAAGUCACCGUGAUUUUGUCAUGCGUCCAAUUAAUCUCAGUCCUUGUUACCGCUACAACCACUGAUCGAUUUGGUCGUCGACCUCUGACAGUCUAUCCCUACGCGGUUACUACCGUGUCUGUCUUGUGUCUCGGAAUCAUAGGAUGUUUUGACUACACUAAGCAAUCUACAAGCUCCCUUUUGGUCUUCUUCGCUUGCCUGGCGACAUUUUCAACCACAGGCGCCUCAGCUAUCGGAUAUGCGUACGCCGCAGAAGUUCCCCAACAGCGCCUCCGUGCAAAGACUGCAGGAUGGGCCCUUGCCUUUUCCAAUGCUAUUGCCAUCAUGCUUAGCUUCUGUACGCCACUGAUGAUCAACGGCAGUGCUAAAUGGGGCGUUAAAACCGGCUUUUUCUUUGCUGGAACCGGAACAGUCUCCACAGUUAUUGCCUGGUUCAUCCUUCCUGAAUUGGCUCGUCGCACUCCCGCUGAAAUCGAUGAGAUGUUCGAGAAGAAGGUUAAUCUUCGCAAGUUCAAGGGGUAUGUGACAGAAGUUCAGAUGCGGGCCAACGAGCAGCAUCAGAAUGAGGAGCAUGCCACCGCAUGA